UCAGUUCGGGACCAGGCGGAUGUUCGUGUCUGUUUAGGGAUGAACGGCCGGUGGAUAACUGUCUUUCCGUUUGCUGGAAAAUUGUCAGUGGGCAGAAUAUUUCAUAAUGCCCGGGUAAAGGAAGCUGCAGGGGACAGGUACGCAGUGUUGUUGGCAGGAAGAUGCUGUCCAGUUUCGAGCAGUGCUGCUGAUCAAAGUGAAAAUGGUGCCGAGACUUCAAGUUUCCAAAGUCCUGCAGACUCGCACCAUGACUGGGUUGGCCCUCCAGAUAGGCUUUCAAACCUAAGACCUAUGAAAUUUUAUACACCAAAGCUUGAAUCUGAACUGGAGCAGAAACUGAGGAAGUUAAGGAUGGCUACACAAGUCUGGAAUCAGAACUUUUGGUUGAAUCAGAAUGUAACUUUCAACAAGGAGAAAGAGAAAUUCAUACACUCCCGCUUAAAGGCAAAAGGAAUAGCAUUAAGAGAUGAGGAAGGGAGAAAAAAUACUCUCAGUGCAGAAGAGAUGGCUGAAUUUUAUAAGGAUUUUCUUGAUGUAAAUUAUAAUAAACAUGUGAACUAUAAUAAGGAAUGGUACAAGCGUAAUUUUACUAUCACAUGGUUAAUGGGUCGAGUUGUGCUGCAGAAUGCCUGGAGGAAACUGAGAAAGAGGAAGGAAGUCGAACAAUGAAUAUCCUGUUCAAUGAAAAGUUUAAUAGGAUGUAAAUGCUUGGAGUUGAAACUUAACUCUGUCAUGAGGAUAUUAAGAUCUGGUUAUAAAUUUUAGCAUCUUGAAUUAAAGGUAUCCUAAGACAUACACAAUUGUAAUCAAAUUAUUCAAAGUUUGUGAGAAGAUUUGUAGCUCGGGUGCUCGUUGUUGUGGUUCUGUUCGCCGAGCUGGGAAUUUGUGUUGCAGACGUUUCGUCCCCUGUCUAGGUGACAUCCUCAGUGCUUGGGAGCCUCCUGUGAAGCGCUUCUGUGAUCUUUCCUCCGGCAUUUGUAGUGGUUUGAAUCUGCCGCUUCUGGUUGUCAGCUCAGCGAACAGAGCCACAACAGUAAUCAAAUUAUGAUGUAUAUUCUGUGUUUAUCUUAUAAAUAAAGACAUUGUGUGUUUUCAA